ACGUUUUGAUUUCUAGCCUCGUGUUGAAAUAACAAGUACACCCAUAUAUGGAUUGUUCUGUGUUGACAAAGUGUUCCUCACCUAUUACGAUUUCCACGUAUCGAGAUCUUUGAUAUAUCUCGCCUGCUAAUUUCGGUGUACUGUUUGCUUGACCCAAAACCGUCCCAGCCAAAUUGCAGUCGAUCCGCCCGUAUUGCAUCCAGUUCAUCAAUCACUGAAGUCGCUUUUGCUGGUCCCUGUCUAUUGAACCCGUGUACAGAACCUGACUCUCAACCUCCAGCCAUUACUUCUUUAGCGGUCUUUUUUUUCUCGGAGCGUGAAAUCAAACUAUUCAUUGAUCUCCUUGCUAUCGUUUAGUAAACCCACUUGCCACUGGUCUCUUUAUUUGCUUUGCUUGCCAUGGCCAUCGCUCUCAACAAACGUAUCAAGGCGGUCCUUCUCCUGGUCUUUACUUUCGUCUCCCUCUUCUACAUCUUCCUGCCCGCACCGGCUGUCAUCAACGAGGACAUUGCGCACCACACCAAGGCCGGCACGCUAGCGACGCCCAAGGUGGCCCUGUCUAAACAUGUGCUCAAGGACGAAUACACGGAAUGGUACAAGAAGGACCAGUACAUCCCCUUGACCGUGUCUUCCAUCAAGCCCAAUGGGAACUCCUACACCAAUACCCUCCACCUCGAGCAGUUCUCGUACAACGACCCUGCGUUCGGCUUGUGCAACGCUAACACCAAGUACUCCAAGGUGGAAGCCAUGUUCCUGCAAAUCGACACGCACCGCGUGAUUGACUCGCUUGUGGCCAACUCCAUGUCGCUGUCGUCGCUCUUCAGGGGCUCUAGCUUCCUAAACUCGUUUCUCCUAGACCAGUCCUAUUCCGACAAUGAGUAUAACCGUGACGACGAAAUCACGAUCCCAGCCGUGCGCCUCAAGAUGGACGAGCCCAACAACAACUGUGUAUCCACCUGCAAGAAGGUGAUGACCCCGGCGCAGCUGAGGAACAUGAACCGUUUGAUCCGCGAAGGAUACGGGAUAUUCUACCAGGUUGGUGACCUUCCCGUUUAUUACUCCAACAUCGAGUACAACAUCGAGUUUUCGUCCAAAUUCGGCAAGGACUUUUUCAACUACGGGGUGCCACUCGGCUAUGUGGACACCACCAACAACCGCACGUUGUACUACAACCAUCACAACUUCUACUUGCACUACAAGAAGGUCAACGGGCGCUACAAGAUCACCGAAAUGUACGUGGCGCCAGUCUCUACGUACCGCGAGGACAUAGAUAACCGGUGGGGCUGCGCGCUUGACAAUCCGCUCUUCCUCGAUGAGACCGAGGAUACCACCGUGUUGUACUCGUACUCCAUCAAGUACAUUGACGUGGCGAACCCGCAGAACCAAGCCUCCAACGAAGACACUACUCUCACCAUUCCAUACAACUACGAGGCUAAGCACUUCCGCAAGACCUGGAUGCGCGUACAGGAGCUGAUUGUGCGCACCAACAACAAGACCAUGGUGUACUUGAUGUUUGUGUUCUCCAUGUUGGUGUAUCUCCAGGACGGCAUUUUCAACUUUACCGCGUCCUCCACCGUGGUGCAUUUUGCCGAUAUGCGCAUCUCGUCCGCGGGAAACACGGUCCUCUUUGUGGCAUGCGUGGUGGUCUUCACGGCUCACAUCCUCGUGACCAUGGUGGUUGCGCUCUUCUUGAAGGUAGUGUUCUUCCACGACUCGGCCACGGUCUUGUCCUCAAACAUGGUCAACAUCGGGGUGGUGUGCUACAUCGUGACCGCCGUGGGGAUGGGCAACUUCCUCGUGGGCUACCUCAAGAAGCACUCGUACCUCCCGGUGACCGUGACCGAUUUGGUAUCCGCAGCGAAAGUGCGCACCGCGUUGUUGACUUUUGUCACGUUCGAGAACGCCGGAAUCAUCCUUAUUGCGUUCUUUAUCAAUUUGAUCUACCAGAGGCUCCGCGUUGUCAACUUUGCAUUGUUCGUCUCUGCCGUCAACUACUUGCUCAUCGCCCCGUUGAUGCACUUCACCGACCAAGUCUUCGACACCGAUGUCUUAGGCGUGCUCAGCUUCUUGGCCUUCAAUCCAAACCACGCGGCCAACAGUGAGAUUUCACAUGACUACACCGGCACCUUGCGGCUCCCGGACCGCCCUAAGCUCGUGAUGUUGGCGGCCAUUGCCGCGUUGGUUUCCAAUAUUCCCAUCUACCUCUACCUCACCGUGCUCAACUCGAUUGUCUUCUACAAUCGGUUGGUCAGCGUCAGCUACGCCGAGAUGCUCUUUGCGCUCGUUUCAUUUGUCAUUUUGACCGUCUGUGCCAACUACAUUGUCAACGUGAUCGUCUUCAAAAACCAUGUGUUUGUGCCCAGCAAGGACAAGGAGGGGUUCGAGAUGGCUGUUUCCCGUUCCGCCUCGCCCGCAAACCCCGCUGGUAGCACCGGUUUUCCUGAGAAGCCGAUUGUCAAGAUUGAUAUUCCGGCGAAAGACUUGGGCCAGAUUGUGCUUGUGAAUGUGUUGACUAAUAUUGCAAUUAUAUUCUUGUUUUUGGUAUAUAUCAACAAGCAGUUACUUGUGGGCAGUUCCGCCUAUACCUUGGUGGGGUUCAGUGUGCUUUAUGCCACGAUUGCCUCGGUGGUGAGUAUUAUCAGCGUGGGUCUUUCCCUUGUCACGUUGUUCUAAAGGGAGAACACCCCUCCAUCUGUUGCAAUUUGGGCCCUUUUCGUCCCUUGUUGUUAAUGAUUUCUUUUUUUGUUUUCCUUUGGUGGAAUCUGGCCCACUGGCUAGGUUACCUCUCUGAGUUGCAUCCACUGGCUUUGUAUUUAUAUAAAAUUAACCCUUAUCGGUUUAUG